AUGGUCGGCAAGAAGUCAGGUCGCGCGCUGCUGCGUGAAGAAGGGCUGCAGCGCACGGACAACAAUAUGGAGUUCACGACAUGGCCGCAAGUCUCCAUGAUCAACCAGAAAAACUACUACACUGACUUCCUCAAGCGCGAUGACCAGAUACUGGCACUCCGCCUCCAGCAAGAAGAGCGGCUAGAAGCGAGAAAGCGAGCUGCCGUCGAGCUCGACCGUGUGCGUGCCCAACAUGGCAUGGAACCGACCGGACUCGCCGCGGAUGUGGGCCCCGACAUUGAUGAGGAUGUGCCCAUGGAUGACAUGAUGGGCGAGAAUUACGGCGAGAAGACCAUUGUCAUUCAUGUCGGCAGCCAGAACUUGCGGCUUGGAUUUGCCACCGAUGCACUGCCAAAGACCGUACCCAUGGUCAUCGCACGAAAGUCUUCACGUACAGAGGCCGAAGACUCGGAACCAGUGCCAAAGCGACUGAAGCUCGAUGAAGAUGCCGAACCGGAAGAACAGUAUGGCGAGGACUUUGCUCGGGAGUACGGCACGAUGGCUACAGAAUUCAGAGCAUAUCGACGUGCAAACAAGCGGCGCGUGCUGCCAAAUUCGAGAGAGCUGGUGACGAAGUGGAACAGCACAACGCCACCAGAUCGCAUCACCAAGCACAACGAUCCGGUCGAAAUUGACUGGACAGAGACCUCAGACGGGCCGGAGUACAUCGUGGGAGAGCGUGCGCUUCGGAUACCCGAGGAGUCCAAGCCAAAGUACCGACUAUACUGGCCCUGGCAACAUGGAUGGCUGAACGAGAAAGACUACACUAGCCGCAACUUGCUGCUUCGCGAUUACUUUCAAAUCCUCGAGGAUAGCAUGAAGACAGAACUCGACCUACCGCACAAGCGUGAUUGGAACCAGUACAGUUGCGUCUUCAUAAUACCCGACCUCUACGAAAAAAACGUGGUGGCAACUGUGCUGCAGGAGCUCCUUCGCGAUUUCGGCUUCGCACGAGUAUGCUUCCAGCAAGAGUCGGUGGCGGCCACAUUCGGCGCAGGUUUCAGUACUGCGUGCAUGGUUGACAUGGGUGCUCAGAAGACCACGGUCUGUUGCAUCGAGGACGGAAUGUGCCAUGAGGAUUCUCGCAUCAACCUCAAGUACGGCGGCUACGACGUGACUGAGACGUUCGUCAAGAUGAUGCUUUACGAUCGGUUCAACUACAGCGACUUCAACCUGAUGCGGCGGCACGACUUCCUGCUUGCUGAAGAACUCAAGGAGAAGUAUACCACGAUGAGUGAUGAGAACGUCAGUGUGCAGCUGUACGAUUUCCAUCUUCGCGCCUACAACCAAGAGACGCAGAAGUACCAGUUUAAGCUGUACGAUGAGGGCAUGCUGGCUCCAACCGGCUACUUCAGACCUACCAUCUUCGACAACUCCACCAAGCUGACCGGACGCCGGAAACUCAUUCCUGUUUCUGUCGAUCUGUACGACCAACGACCGAACGAACCACAGUCCAAGGCACAGCUUCGCGUAAUCCAGUACACGAAUCAGAACAUUCCAUCUGCUGUCGCUGCACCUUCAGCAAAGUCGGCACGUCUGGUUGGAGUCUUGCAAGUGAACGGCACGCCUCAGAAACAACGACCUCUCGGGAUUCCACCACAUCUCAACGGCGAUGGUGAUGGCACACCGCGGUCGUCAGUACUUGGCUCAAGACCUGGCUCGCCCACAGGAGACGAAAAUGGUACCCCAAUGCCAGACGGCGAUAUCACCAUGAUCAACGGGGACGACGUACCAAGCAACAUCGAGACCAAUGACUUCGAUGUCAUGGACCGAACUACUCCUAUCAUGCCACUGGACGAGGCUAUUCUGGCAUCCAUCGACGAAGCAAGUAAAGACAACAAUGGCAAGAUCGACGACCGCAAGCAACGCGACCUGCUCGGAAGCAUCAUGCUUACAGGCGGCGCCUCGAAGACACCACACCUGCAAGGCUACCUUGAGGUGAGACUGCGAGCUCAUCCAUUGAUGAAGGAGUACCCCAAAGAGAUUCUGGUGGCACCACCGCCUCGCGAGCUCGAUCCGGCUGUGUUGGCCUGGAAGGGCGGCAGUGUCUUCGGCAAGCUACGCAUGACGAACGAUAGCUGGAUAUCACCACUCGAGUACGACAGACUUGGAAGCCGGAUCCUGAACUAUAAGUGCAUGUGGCACUGGUGA